CCGUUGGUCUCGUCUCGGUGCCCGUCUCCCCUUGUGCCGUCGAUGAGGACGUCGUCGUGAGUCGCCAUUGUCGAUUCAUCUUGACUACUUCAUGCUUAUCAUCGAUCGUAUCCAUCCUCGCUUUGCUCUUCUUACUCCUUUCUUGUCCCUUUCCCCUUCCGUUUGCCAGUCCUCCCCUCGAACCGUUGUCGGCCCUGCCGCUACAUCCGAGGUCGAGAUGGAUGCCGUUUCAUCCGAGGAUGCCGCUGCUGUUGUCACCGUCGUAAGUCCACCAUUUUCACCGUCAUCACUAGAUCGUAUCGCUGAUCACUUCAAGCUUGGUUUCUCUCGUCGCUCGUCUUUGCAACUCUAGGCCUCUCCUUGUGCCGGACCCACUGAGGCAGAGGUGGUCAACUCUUGGUCGAUCGCGCUCGAGGGUGUCUACGUGAGCUUAUCGUCAGCCCGACCCCUAUUUGCUCAGCGCUGACCAUCUUCUUCGACUACCCGCAGGACGACGUUUUCACCGACGAGCCCGUGUCGUUGGAGACUGCCGAGGUCGAGGACGAACUCAUCGCCGAGGAAUUGACCGUGUCCUUUGGCGUAGCCGAUUGAUGUCGAUGCUAUGGGCUCAAGCGGUAUGCCUUCGGGCUCCUCUCGAACCCCCGUCAUCAGUCGAUUGGUUGCUCCGCCUGCGCCUUCUGCCAUCAGGACCGGGGACUUUGGAUUUGCGGUGAGGUCUGACAACGCUUUGGUCAAGGCGAAGUGAGUU